UGAAUUUAGCAAUCUGUAUGUUCACGUGCAUCAGUCAUUGAUGUUGUUUUCCGUAUUGUCCGCUGUUAGGCGGCAGGAGCCAAUAAAGUGAAGAAUUGUUGUUGUUUUAUGUACAUAUACUUUUAUCUGUUUGUAAAAUUGCGAUAUAUAUAUAUAUAUGAUAUAUAAGUGAGAUAGAUCAGUGUAAAGAGAAAGUUUAUAAUUUACGAUUAACAUGCAGUUAACCAAUCUUGUUUUUACAUGUGUAUUUUAUUAAUUGAUAAUGUAAUAUUGGAAAUUAAUAGUUCCUUUCAUUAUUAAGAGAAAAUAAUGGAAGAGGUAGCAAUGUUAUGGAUGCUUACUCUUGUUAUGCUGGUUGGCUCUUGCCUGGCUGGAUCUUUACCAUUAGUCAUGAGUUUGUCGGAAGACAAAUUACAAUUGGUGUCGGUAUUAGGAGCAGGUCUUCUUGUUGGAACUGCAUUAGCAGUCAUUAUACCUGAAGGUAUAAGAGCUUUAUUUACUGGUGAAAUUACUAAUGGAAAAGAGUUACAUGGUGAUUUACAUUCUUUAAUUGGAAUUAGUUUAGUACUUGGUUUUGUAUUUAUGCUUCUGAUUGAUCAAUGUUCAGCAAGAAAAAGUGAUGGAAGACAAAAAAGUGUUACAGCAACUUUAGGUCUUGUAGUACAUGCAGCAGUUGAUGGAGUUGCAUUAGGAGCUGCUGCUACUACAUCCCAAGCUGAUGUUGAAGUGAUAGUUUUUUUGGCAAUAAUGUUGCACAAAGCACCAGCUGCAUUUGGACUUGUGUCAUUUCUUCUUCAUGAAGGUGUAGAUAAAAAGAGGAUAAGCAGACAUUUAUUAAUUUUUUCUCUUGCGGCACCAUGUCUUGCACUUGUGACGUAUUUCGGGAUUGGAAAACUUUUAUCGGAAUAAGAACUUUAUUAUAUAUGGAUAUAGUUCCGAAUGACCCCUGCUUCCGAUCGACCUAGAGUUUUACACUUAAGUUGUUUUACACUUAAGUUGUUUUCGAUGUGAGGAAUAAAGUUCGUGUGGUCCCAACUUUUGGAAAUAAAAAAAAUCUUAUGAGCAAUUUUUACAGCACUUAUCA